GUCUGUCGACCUGUGCGCAAUUCGCAAAUUUUCUCACAAGGUUACUGCUAUGCCAAGGACAAACGAACUUUGUAGAUUAUGAAACUGGCCCAGUGAUUGUUUUCUUAUAAUAAUUCUUUAUGGACUGAUGACCACAUUGCGUGGGAAAUGCAGAGUCUACCUACUUGACGUCAUUUUGUUAAUGGAUGAAACAAAUCGCUUACAUUAAUUUUGAGGACAGGUAAUGUGGAUUAUCCUCAUUUUGUCGCUAAUUAUGGGAAAACAUUUUAUUUGACAUACCAUACAUCUCAUAACAAACAUUCAAGAUAGAAAUAUAAGGCCCAUGGCAGAUGCAAAAUCACAUUCUAAAGACUAGAACUUAUCAUGUGUCGCUUGAACUCACUGCUGGUCUUUCACCGAUUUGACGUGAAACUUCAUGUUUGAAAUUUGGAAGGCAAUUUUUAUUACAUUUAUAAUAGAAAUUUGGUGGUACAAUAUAUUCCAAACUAUGACGUGUAGCAUACUCAUUCUAUCCAGGAAAUCGGGAAGAUACUAAAGCGUUACCCAAUCGGCCUGAAUGCACCAAUCAGCGUCCGAUCAUCGUCACCUAAAAAACCUCAACUCGUUACCAGUACCCUGUCUCUAAAAAUGCAUCAAUCAAAUACAGAGCAGGACAGGAGACGACGUUUUAAAAAUAACAGUUGAAACUCGAAUACAUACACCAUAGCCUACUAGAACAAGAAGGACUAAUUAGAAAAUGUGUUAAAGUUGUUAAAGUAGUGAGCAGUGUGAGUGCGGAAGAUGGUGAUUUUCAAUUUAAAAUCGGAAGUUGUGUUGAAUGAUGGAGUGUAGUGAUUCCCGGUGUUCCUGUUGGAUUUAGCUAGUUGGUUUCAUGGUUAUGUAUGUCGACGGCACAGAGUGCAGCAGGGGCACAGCGGCGAAAGGGGGCCGAACGUCACCGCCUGUCACCGUCCGGCCCCCUCAGCAACAGCUACAGCAAUCGCAGCAGGCUCAGCAACGUCAGCAACAGAAUCAGCAAUCGCCGACGACAGUGGUCAGCAAGCUCAGACAAGCGCCGGUGGUGCCAGCUCCACCUGUAGCUGAAGCGCUCGCUGUGCUUGUGCAACAUCUUGUGUUCAAUGUGCAGGCCUACCAGGUCCCAACCCUCCGCCGACAGGUUCAGAAGUACAGAUUAGAAGCCGAAGAAGUUCGAUUGGAGUGCCAAAAACUAGAAGAAACAUUACUUCAGGAGAGGCUACAGCAGCUCGAAAUCAUCGAGCAAGAAAGAGUCAAAUGUAGAAAAGACAUUGCGGAAAUUGUCGCAAAACACACACAGAAAAUUCAAGAACUAGAAGCAAAACGGGCCGAACUCGAGAGCCAAGCCGUCACAGAAAAAGAAAGACUGGUCCAAAAUGUGCUCAAGCAGCACGAAGAACAGCUUUUGACUCUGAAACUAGAGUGCGAAAAGCUCCAAAGGACCCACGAGGAAGCCUUGGUCAUUCUGAGAGAGGAAAAUGACUCCAUCAGGGAGCAGAUUGACCAAAGAAGGAUGGAAGCUGAACAGGCGGAAAGAGAAUGCAAAGAAGUCAGAGAGGAGUACGAGAAUAGGGAGGCUAUGUGGAGGGAAAAGAACCACAAGCUCAAACAGCAGAUGAACAAGUUGCAAAAUGACCAUGAGGAAAAGCUGAAAAAUUUAAUAGAUGAGAACAAAAGGCUGCGGGAUGAAAAUGCACGAUUGUUAGGUUGUGGAGAUGACGACAAGGGCAUCGGAUCACAGGAAGUACAAUCACUAAAGGUAGUGUUAGAAUUAAAACAGAACGAAUUAACCGAGCUUCGCAGAGCUCUGGCCGAAGCUAGUCACCGAUGUGAAGAACUGACAGGAGCUGAAGAAAAGGCUAGGACUCUAAAUGCUAGAUGUGAAGAUUUGCAGUUGCAGUUAGAGAGGAAAUCAGAAUAUGUACAAUCAAUAAUCCAAGAAAACAAAAGGCUACAAGAAAUCUUGGCUGAGGAGCAAAAUCAAAAGAGAAGGAUGAGUCAAUACAACGAAGAGCUGCAAUGGAGGUUGAAACAGACCAAAGAAGUUAUGACCGAAGUUGUACAACAAGCCGGUGAUACUUCCUUCAAUCGUUCAGUUUUCCAUUCCAGCUUCAACGAGAGGCACUCUGCAACCAAACCAAACCUGGAGCGCAGGUUAUCAUUCAGAGAACGGGAGCGAACGUGUUCUGGCAUGUCCAAUAUGAGCAUGGAUGAAAACUACCAGACAUGCAACUCACUGACUGCAUCCGAAUUCAUUCCCGAUGACACGUCACUUCCGACCUCGCCGCAGGUCAAGGUGAUGGUGAAGAAAUCGGACUCUGUGAGUUACGUGCUGGACCUAGAAGAAAGCCCUGCUGUAGUCGCUUCAAGGAUCAUCAGAAGGAGCUUCAGAAACUCGACGCCGCCCAAAAACACGCCUACAAAGUCGCCUUCGAAUAAAAGGCCGAGGAUCAGGAACCCUCUGAGCCAGAGUGCCUCGUAUAGUGCUAUCAUCGGGAGGGACAAAAACGAGAUGAACAGGCCACACUCAGCUGACGCGCGAAACGGUGACAUGAGAACGGAAGAGGAUGACGUCUUCAUUUGGACUCGUACACCAGCUUCGCCGUCUAUGUUGACAGAUGACAGCCCGACUCAUGCUAACAUGAAGCUAGGCCAUUUAGAUCUGGACGAAGAUAAUAUAUAUGAUAUUCAACUGCCAGCCUUACCUAGCGAAAUGGGAAAUGGUAUGUGAUUGGACAUUCACCCAUUAAAAUGGCAAAAUAUGAGCUUAUUAAAAUUCUCUAUCCACAAAAAUUAUUCAGCUACGACUACUAAAGAUUUUUAAUCCCACAACUUCCUUCCUUUCACCUUGUUUUAUAACAUUACGUCAAUGCUCCGAGGAGUAUUGCUCACUUAAGAGAAAAUACCCCAAGGAUGGAAGUUUUCUUAAGAGAGCAGCGUGCCACAGCUGAUCGAAUGCUUUCGUGAUGUCAAGAGCAACGACAUGAGCCUCACGAUAAGACUGGAUGAGUUUACUCCACAAUUGCGUGACGUAAGCUAGGAGGUCCCCUGUGGAUCGCUGGCUACGGAAACCAUACUGCCUGUCGCUAAUCAAGCUGUGACGUUCGAGGUCUCUCUCUAUCACCUUACUAACAGAAAUCAGAGCUAUAAGCCUGUAGUUGUAAGAGUCGGUCUUAGAUACUUUUUUGGGAUUGGCUGGACAUGAGCACAUUUUCAGUUUUCUGGGAAGGUGCCGGAUUCAUAAGAUAUCUGGAAGAGACGCGAAAGAACUGGAGCACGCUCCGAUGCACACCUCUUCAAUACAAUAGCAGGAGUCAGGUUCGGACCAGAAGCUUUGUAGAUGUCGAGCGACAAGGGCACCCGUCUUACGGUCUUAUGCCUGAAUUUUACUUCCCGCAUAGUGUAGGGAACCCUUUGAAUCGACGGACUUGCGCACUGGAAGGGGGGGGACGUCCAUGGUGGAGUUAGCAGCAAAGAUCUUGGUAAGCACUUCCGGCUUGGCCUUUGAGUCUAUUACAAUCGUUUCAUCCUGACACGUAAGUGGUGAAAGCUAUUGUGCGAGAAGUUCCUUUCAGUCUGCUUGGCCAGCGUCCAAAAAAGACUGGACUCGAUGCCGCCUUGUAUGUUCUUUACAGUUGGGGUUUGUAAGAAGGUUCUAUGUGUCUUGAUCUUCUGCUGGCGAGCAGUUCCACAUGAUUUGUUGAACCAGCCGUUGGACCCUGGUUUAGGCACUUUCAUUGCAUGAGGGAUGUAUUCCUCCAUCCCGACGUGGAUAAUUUCUGUUAUCGAAGAACAGACAGCCGACGCGUUCGCGUCAGCGAAACAAACAUCUCUCCUAGGAAAGGUGAAGACGAAGUCUCUGAGCCCCUCGCAGUCGGCAUAUCCGUAAUGCCAAACUUUGCAGCCGGGGCGAGUUUCUGCUGCCACAGCUGGUUCUGAUCAAAACCUAACUAACCCUACUGGCAUGUGACGAGACCCGGGGGAAAAAGUAGGGUUCGGCACCAGCUGGAUCAGCCCCUGAGUAAGAGCGAACGUUUCAACUGCACGACCUGCUGCAUCGGUCUUGUUUGAGCCCAACCAAAGCUCAUUAUGUGUAAUCACCGAGGAGUCCUACCUCUGAAGCGGAGUGAUUGAUGUUCAGGAAGUCGAUCUUGACGGCGAGGUAUUCAAGUAAGUCAUUCCAGUUUUGAUCCGAGGGAGAGCGAUAAUAUGCAGAGAAAUCCAUAUGCAACUGGCGUCAUAAUGUGUACGAGAGAGUAACGCGAGAAGUGUGCAAUACGUAUGCUAGAAAGAGAAAGAAGCACCACGUUACCUGGCAACCCGAGUGAUGACGACACGGGCGCAGCUACGGCUUACCGCGUUGCCAUUGGCGCACUCUUUCUAUCACAUGUAUUGCACGCUUCUCGUGCUUCUCUCUCGUACACAUUACCUCGUCAGUGAUAUUUGGAUUUCUCUGUAUAUCUAUCGAUUUUUUUUCCACCUGCUAUACUAAACUGUUACACUUCAGACGUACAUUUCCAGCUGGACCUUUUUCUGUUAAAAUGUGGAGAGGUCAAUCCAAAACGCGUCGUUUUCAUUGUUUACUUCCCACACCACUGGCAGGGGAAUAUAGUAGUCGCGUUAAAUUUUGAAAAUUCCCUUCGGUCUGUCUGUCCGCUAAUCCUUGACCCGUCUAUAACUUGAAAGGUACACAAGAUUACUAGUACUAGUUUUUGAACAUCGCUAGGGGCAAACAAACGGAAAAAACUAAAAUCGCUCAAACUUCGGUUUCUAACGCUUCAAAGACCUCUGAACAUUUUUAAAAUUAUUUGAGGUGUGAAAAAGUUGGAUGCAGAGUGUGGAAGAGGGUAUAGCUCAAUUUUCUAACAUUAGUAUUCUGAUACGCUUCUAACUCGGGCAAUUCCGCGAUGCCUGUUGGUCAUUUGAACACAUACAUUUUCCCGUACAUUUGUGCUUAAGAUUUACGGAAAGAAUAUUAAAAUACAAGCAUUUAUGCCGUUAAAAAGGUAGGGCUGACGUUGCGCUGGUGGUUUAGUCAUCCCACACGUUCCCGUUACUGCUUAGUGGUAAUGGAUGGGGAAUAAUAGCCUGGUUAAAUUAGGGCAAAAUUUUAAGUGAUUCAUGCAGAGCUUCAUGUGAAAAGUAUGACUAGAUACGAGGGAUGUCUUUUAAGUUUUUCAUAUGGAAAUAAAACAACACGGUAGGUGGUUUUAGAUGACUUUAUUGUUUUUCGAAGUAUUCUCCAUGAAGAUUAAUACACACCUGCAUGCGUUCGAACCAAUUUUCGAAGCACUUAUUCCACUGGUUUGCUGGCAGAUCCAAAACGGCAUUUUUGAAUGCGUCAACUGCCACUUCUGGUGACUGCAACCUUUGACCACGCAAUUUGUUUUUAAUUUUCGGGAAAGUAAAUAAAUCGUUAGGAGUUAGAUCGGGACUAUAUGGAGGAUGGUCCAAUAAUUCCACGUCUUCUUCCGUUAAAUACUGCCUUGUUUUUUGGGCUGUGUGCGAGCUUGCAUUGGUGGGGGAUGAUUCUUCUUUCGGGGUUGAUUUUUCGAAGCUCGGUGAUGACCUUUGGCAAACAAAUGGUGGUAUACCAAUCCGCAGUAACAGUUCUUUGCUCAUUAAGAGGAAUUAUUGCAAUAUAACCCGCUCUUGACACACUUCGAGAACGGAUGACUUUUGUUGGCUUUUAUUUACCUUGGAACACCCAAACAGCCGACUGUCGUUUAUUUUCUGGUUCAUAAUAGUAAAUCCACGAUUCAUCACCACUAACAAUGCUGUAUACAUUUUUUGAGUUUCCG